UGCAAUGGACCCCCUCUCGCCAAGUACAUGGAGAGAGGCAGGUCACAGACAAAGAGAGAUGUUCUCCAUAAUCUGCAAGUUAGCUUUUCUGUGAAAGUAACGACCUUCAAACCUUGCCCAUGAAUUAUUCACAGUUACAUCUAAAUUCUGUCUUCUACCCCACUCUUAACAGCGGGAAUACUGGUAGCAGAUGCCAUGGCCGGAUUUUAUGUAAAAUUCUUCAUCAGAUUCUUUCUAUCUGUUCACUUCUUUGCUGUUCUUGUUUACUCGGUGUGGUGUCCCAGUGAAUUUCGACACAUCAAUCCUAAUUUUGAACAGAAGACUAAUCGUUUUUGGGAGUUUGAGGAGCAAUCUAAUAGUUGGGUUGAAGUGGAAUUACCUUUUGAUUUGGUUUCUUGUAUCAAUGGAAACUGUACCAAGGUGGGUUCUAUUUCUCAGAUGAAGCAGCAAGAGGAAAGCUUGCAGGGGAGAAUUGAUAUUCCUGAACAAGGGAAGAACUCAAAGGUCAUGCCUGGUGACAGGGCAUUACUGGACGAGAGUUCUAAUAUUGUUCUCCCUCAAAGGAAGAGAAUUUCUCUAACUAGGAUGGCAGAGAUAUCUAUUUGGGUGACAGGGGAAAGUGGGUCUAUCUAUGAAAGGUUCUGGAAUGGGGUGCAGUGGGUAAUUGCACCUCACGAUUUACCAAUAUCAGCUGGUCCUGCAGUUUCAGUUUUUAUUGUCAAUCAGACUUUUAUUGCGUUAUCUGAAGCAGGAAAUCUAUAUCAGCUGCAGAUUAGUGAAAGCUCACAGGCAGUUUGGAUUGAGUGCACGCCUACACAUACAGAAACAAAUUCUAGCUUAAUCCUGAUCAAGUCUGGUGUUGUUUCAAAUGAUGGAAAAAGAGCAUACUUCACCACAAUUGGAGGAUCCCUGUUGGAACUCAUUGAAAUUAAGCCUUGGAGGUGGAUAUAUCAUGGCCGACCCCCUGGUGGAAAUGCUGCAGCAGUAGUCAAUGUUGCCACUGUUAGACCAGAUGUGGUAUUUACAGUGAGUGCAGUUCCAGGGGAGAUCUUUAUGAGCUAGACCGAAGCUCAAGGCCAUCAUGGAAGAAACAUAUAUGGGGCGAAGGAUCAAA